AUGUUCAAUGCGCAUUACCUCGGCCUAAUGCGCGAUACGUGGAACGCCCUCAAGAGAGAAAAUUGUUCUAACGUUCCUUGUCUACAGCCGGAGUCUUCACGUCUACUAGACGAUGACCCCUAUCAAGCUGGUUAUGGCUAUGGGGCCCUCAAUCACGCCCAACAAGCCAACCAGCCGGAUCCGGAGUACGUGAGGCGGGAAAGGGAAGCACUGGAUGCUAUCUGUCAACGAACUUCAGACUCCGUCAUCGAUAUCUGGUCGCUCCAGCCACAACCCCAUCUCCAACCCCAAGCGACUCUUCACACCUCGGCCUCAGCUUCGCCUUCUCCUAACCCGGAUGAAUCGCAUCUUACAGUUACCUCAGAUCACGGUUCCCACACAAGUCGCCCAACAUCCGAGGGCACCGUCCCCAAGCACUGGGGUGAAGUCGUCGUCAAUCCCAAGCGAUCCCGAUCGGAUAUCAAAGCUGAAGCCAAUGGGGCCCGAGAUGUCUUUGGGGUUUUGAAGGUCAACUAA